GUUGAUUCGAUCCCUCCCCUCCAUCUAUCUCACAGAACGCAAGAUCCGCAAGGACACGAUCCUGCACGGGAAAUUUCACUGACCAGGUUUUGAACUGACUGACAGUGACAUGGCUUGGCGCAACCAGGGAGUCACCGGCUCCAACAACGUCCCCUUGGGUCGGAGAAGGUUCGGCGGCGAUGAGGCCCCAGAGGACGAGAGUCGCACCGCGACCCCGGCCUCUGCGGCUGGGGAUAGCGCCUACAAGCGCGGUCGCAGCCCUGUUCGUGCUGAUCCUCCCGCGGACGGUGUCAAGAAGCGCAAGAAGCGCAACCGUUGGGGUGAUGCGCAGGAGAACAAGGCUGCCGGUCUCAUGGGCCUGCCCACCAUGAUCAUGGCCAACUUCACCAACGAACAGCUGGAGGCGUAUACGCUACAUCUGCGUAUCGAGGAGAUCAGCCAGAAGCUGCGGAUCAACGAUGUGGUUCCAGCCGACGGUGACAGGUCUCCCUCGCCUCCUCCCCAGUACGAUAACUUUGGCAGACGUGUAAACACAAGGGAAUACCGCUAUCGGAAGCGUCUCGAGGAUGAGCGCCACAAGCUCGUCGAGAAGGCGAUGAAGACCAUUCCUAACUACCACCCGCCCUCUGACUACAGACGUCCCACUAAGACCCAGGAGAAGGUCUACGUGCCAGUGAAUGACUAUCCAGAGAUUAACUUCAUUGGCUUACUCAUAGGUCCUCGUGGUAAUACCUUGAAGAAGAUGGAGACCGAGUCCGGCGCAAAGAUUGCGAUCCGUGGCAAGGGUUCCGUCAAGGAAGGAAAGGGUCGCUCUGACGCCGCUCAUGCCAGCAACCAGGAAGAGGAUCUCCACUGUCUGAUCAUGGCAGAUACCGAGGAGAAAGUUAACAAGGCGAAGAAGCUGGUGCACAAUGUCAUUGAGACGGCUGCCUCCAUUCCCGAAGGCCAGAACGAGCUCAAGCGCAACCAGCUUCGAGAACUCGCCGCCCUCAACGGUACUCUCCGUGACGAUGAAAACCAGGCUUGCCAGAACUGUGGUCAAAUCGGACACCGCAAGUACGACUGCCCUGAGCAGCGCAAUUUCACCGCCAACAUUAUCUGUCGCGUGUGUGGUAACGCAGGCCACAUGGCUCGCGAUUGUCCUGACCGCCAGAGAGGCUCCGACUGGCGCAACGGCGGUGGCUAUGGCGGCGGCGGCGGCGGCGGUCGCAGAGCUAUUGGUGGCGGCGACGCCGUCGACCGGGAGAUGGAGCAACUUAUGCAAGAGCUGUCUGGCGGCGCUCCUGGAGAGAACGGCCACGUACCCCGUCGCAUCGAGGCUGGACCCGAUCAGGGCUACGAUGACCGUGAUGCGAAGCCGUGGCAGCGUGGCCCUCCUGCCAGCGAUGUGGCUCCUUGGCAGCAGCGCGGCCGCGACCGUCGCGACGACUAUGGACCUCGCGACCACGGCAGUGCGCCUCCCUGGGCUUCUCAAGGUCGUGGCGGCCACGGCGGUCACGGUGGCCAUGGCGGCGAUUACGGCUAUGGCUCGCAGGGUGGCUACGGUGCCCCUGGAGCUCCGGCCCCAUGGCAACAAGCGCAGGCUGCCCCUCCUCCGCCCCCGGGUGGACAGGCAUCGUAUGGCUACGGAGGCUAUCCCUCUUACCCUGGCAUGGGAGCGCCCGGUGCUCCUCCUGGCUUGAGUGUGCCGCCUCCACCCCCGGGCAUGCCCUCGAUGUAUCCUGGCAACAGUGGCAGCCCUCCCCCACCCCCUCCUGGCGAGGGACCGCCUCCUCCGCCCCCGAGCGAGCAGCCUCCUCCCCCUCCCCCACCUGCUUAGGGCACUUGCAGAACCUGCAGGACCUUCAGCUCAUGACGACAAAAGCCUACUGAAUUCAGCUGCUGAAAUGAACCAUGAGAGUUGCUUUGAUUUGGGAUGAAAUUCGACAGGAUUCCGCAGGAUAGUAGGGCGGCAUACGUGGCGGGCGAGUCUGGAUUCAACUGGACAGCGUCCGGCCUGCUGCUUUUAUUCGUAGUCCAUCAAGUGUACUAGCUAAUCAAUAUUGUUCCUUUGUGUUUGAUCCUCAAAUCUCUGGUUGUGGAGAAUCUAGACAGGCGAGGUGCCGAAGAGCAAAAGCCGGAGUGACGUUUAUGGGGCCGGCCCCGUUAUUGAUGCCUAAGGCGGAGG